AUGCAUAGUGAAGGUAGUACAAAUAAUAUGAAUAUAAGUCAAGAAUUGUCUUCCAUAGAUUUUUCUCUAGCAGAUUUCCAAGAAUCAGCCUCUUGUAGUGACUUUUGUGGUGUCAAAGAAUUAUAUAUUUACAGUUACUCUUGUGGUGCCAAGGAGUUUUCUGUUUGCAGUAUUCUUUAUGGUGCUAAAAAAUCUUUUGCAUGCAGUAACUUUCAUGGUGCCAAGGAAUCUUUCACAUGUGACCUUAAUAGCAUUGACCAUUCUGUUGCCCACAACCUUUCUUUCAAUUCUGUUACCCACAGCCAUUCUGUCAUCUAUGACCUUUCAGUUGUUCAUGACCAUUCAGUUGUCUAUAACUAUUCCUAUAAUGUUGGUCAAGUUGUUCAUAACUUUGAUAAAUUUGUUAAUCUUAAUGAGUUUUUUCAAGAGAAUGAAGAUGGUACUGAAUAUAAAAAUGCAACCAAAACCAAAAAUGAGCCAUUACAUCCAAUUGCAGGAGAAGGAUUUGAUAUCAUGAAAAAAACUUUAAAUCUAGCCAUUGCAAUGGGUAGAGUAGAGGAACUUUAUGAAAUUCAUAAAAACUUUACUGGUAAAAUGGAAAAUGAAGUUGUAAAUCAAGCUAGAAAUAGUAAUAAUAUUGCAGAAUUUGUGCUUACUAUUAGUAAUCCUAUAAGUGUCAGAACAAAGAGUGACAAAGAGAAUAGGGUCGGAAGACCUCAAAAAAUAUUAAAAGAUGCAGAUUUGAAUGUUAGUAAAUCUAGUAAAAUUAAAGAAAGAAAAUGUGGUAUUUGUAACAAAGAAGGGCACAAUGCACAUACUUGUCCUAAAGGGAGUUAG